AUCACCAAAGACUCAGUGCCUUCUUAGUUGUUCUGCUACGUGCGGUGAUCAUUGUUGUGAAUUCUUCUUUGAAACGAAGAAGUUUUAUUUUUGAAAAUUUUUAUUUGAAAAAUAAAAAAAAAUCAAACAAACAAACGAGUGUUGAACAGCGUUACUGAAGUAAACAAUAGCGUUAAAUUUUUAUAUAAAAAGCAAAUAAAUUUUAAACAAAUUUUGAGAAAUUGCUAAAAAAAUAUUUAACUUGAAAUUUAAAAAAAUAAAACGUAUUUAAAAUAAUAUAUAAAAACAUUUGAUUUAUUGUGCAAAUUAAAUUUAUUUUAAAAUAAAUUUUGUUUUAAAAGAAAGAAGAAAAAAAUAAUAGAUUAAGUUUUUUGUUUUAUUUUAUAGAAUCAAAAUCUCAAUUUAAAACAACAAUACUUUAAGAAAAAAAUGUCUGCAGCAGCUGAAGCCAGACGUGCCUCCUUUGCACGACGUGCCGAAAGUCUGGUGGAGAGGGUGAGAAUAAUGAAUACCAUCUACGAGGUAUCGAAUGACCAAGUUUUUUGUCUUGUCAAAGAACAAACAGAGAAAUACAUUGUAAAUACGGAUAAAAGUGGUGAGCUUACUGUAACGGUACAGGGAGAUUUGACACAACAAGAAAAACGUGCUGUUUUUAUUACUGUCCAUGAUCUGGGUUGUAAUCAUAAUUCCUUCCAGGAAUUUGUCAAUAGUCCAUGUAUGACAGAAAUUAAGGAACGUUCAUGUUUCAUACACAUCGAUGUACCAGGACAUGCCGAUAAUGCUGAUGCAUUACCUGAAAGUUUCCAGUUUCCCUCAUUGCAAAUGUUGGGUGAAGAUUUAGUUACGGUUUUGGAUUUUCUUCAUGUUAAAUAUGUCAUUGGUUUGGGUGAGGGUGCUGGUGCCAAUGUAUUGGCCCGUUUUGGUUUGGCACAUCCAACACGCGUCUUGGGUUUGAUUCUCAUCAAUGCAACCGGAAGUGCAGCCACUGUAAUGCAAUCAUUUAAAUCGAAGCUUAUACAAUGGAAAAAUGAUGAAGUGGCUCAAUCGGCUGAAAGUUUUUUGAUGUAUCAUAAAUUUGGUCAUGUUAUGGAGCAAUUGGUUGGCGAUAAUCCGGACAAGGAGAAGAUUGUUAACGAAUAUCAAAAACGUUUAAGAGGCACUUUGAAUAGCAAAAAUGUGGGUCUUUAUGUCAAAGCAUUUAUGAAUCGCAAGGAUUUAACUUUGAAGGGCUGUAAAGUUGAUGUCAUUUUAAUCACUGGCAUGUUGAGUCCUUAUGCUUCGAUGGUCGAGAAAUUACAUCGUGAUAUUGAAAAGGAAAAGGUCACCAUGUUGAAGAUUGAAAGAGCUGGUGAUGUUUUAGCUGAUGCGCCCGCUAAAGUCGCCCAAUCGAUUCUAUUGUUCUGCAAAGGUCAAGGUCUUCUAACAUCCGUCAUUAUGCCGGGCGUUGAUCGUGGUCGUGCAUUUUCCACCAGUUCCGGUUCGUUCGAUGGCACCAACGGUACACGCAAACUAUCAAGAGGGAUUUCCAUGGAGGACUAUGACAAACCCAAUAUUCGUCGUUUAAGCAUCAUUAACAAUGAUAUUAAGAAAUAAAUUUUUAAAAAAGAUUUAAACGUAAUGAAAGAAACCAAACAAAAAUAACAACAACGCAAAAUAAUUAUAUAUUUAUAUUCUUAAACAAUUUAUUAUUAAAAUUAAUUGCCAAAAUUAAAACACGAAAUAAUUAGAGAAAAUUUUAAAAUAAGUCAAAAAUUGUAGUCACAAAUUAAAAUAACAACUACAAAAAAAUAAAGCAGAUAUUAUUAAAAGUUUAGGAUGCCAUGCUAAACAGAUUUUGGAAAUUUUAAAGAACAAAGAAAUUUUGAAAGUUUUAUUAAAAUGUUUUAUAUGGCAUCUUAAGAAAAAUGUAGUAAUUAUAAAAUGUACUCUUAUUUUUAUUAUUAAUUGUUUUAUUGUAUUAAUUUUUUGAAUAUUAUUUUAAACAACAAAAACUUUUAUACAUAACUAAGUACUACGUAAUUAUUUAAAAGUUAUCCCUUUUCAAAAUAUAACGAAUGUUUCUUUAUGUUUAUUUAAACAAGUAAACGUUUAGAGAAGUUUAAAAUUUGACACAGAUAAAUAAAAACUAAAAUUACUAAUUCUCAAAACGUUAACUUAGUUUUCAAAAUAUAGUUAAAACACCUUAAACUUUACUUCAUUAAAAAGGUAAAUAUUAAAAAAAAACAAUCAUUAGUAAUUUAAAAAUACCUCCGAUUUUCAAAAAAAAAAAAACAAAAUUAAAGUUCAAACUACCCCCCGAUCUAGCAAAAGUCAAACGAAUUAAAGUAAACUUAUUUCAAAAUUAUAAAUUUAAUUUUUUGUUUGAAACAACACCCCAUUAUCUCAAAAUUUUUGAAAUAUUUACAAUUUUAUAAAAGUUAUAAACGAAA